AUGGGCGCGCUGUCGCCCCCUUCGAGGGCCCUCGGCCAGGUAGUAAGUAAUUCGAGUACGGGCCGUGCGGGCCCCGAACAGGCCACUCUCAGUGGCGCCACUCUGUACAGCGAGAGAGCGCGCUCCGUGGCUGCGGAAAACUCCGCAGCUGCUCUGCCCCUGUGCUCUGCCCUGCGAGAGAUCCUUGCUUUCGGGGGGCGUCUCGAAGUGUACAUAUCCCCGCUGGCAAAAGGACGCGCAACGCCGACCAAGCGAUCCGAGGAGGCCGAAGAGGAAGAAGGCAGCGAGGAGGAGGAGGACCAGGACACCUCUGCAGAUGUCACCAAGAAAGCCGUAAGGGACUUCGAAUACCUGGUCGGCAUGCCGAUCUCCACUCUCACGGCUGAGAAGGUGGCCAAGCUUAUGCAGGAGCACGAGGUCAAGGCCAGGGAGCUAAAAGAGCUGCAGAAGAAGAAGCCUUCAGAUCUUUGGCUGGAGGAUCUGCAAGCUUUGGAAGUCGCGCUGGAUGAGCGUGAUGCAGCUGCCUGUGAUGCAGAGGAAAAGGAGAAGGCGAAGAUCCAGAAAGCCAAGGCCAAGAAUGCAAAGGUCUCCAAAGGCGCGGGACUUUGCACGUGCCGAUGA